AAUGAUCUCAAUGACCCUUCCCCCAAUGCACAAUGGCUUCAUCUCAUCGCUUAACCAAUCAGGACAUUAUAGACAGACAGUCCUUUGGCCUCAUCGUGCACGACGGACACGAUCAAGCUGAUGCCAUGUCAAUGUCGCAUCCUUCCGACAGUCAAUCGGCGCCAUCCUGGCCCUCGCCCUCCUCCUGCAGACAAUCACCAGCCACACGCGCGUCAGGAACUAACAUACUUGCAGUGUCCAUCCCUCUCGCCCUCCUUGCUCAGCCUACCGGUAUCGCUCCCAGGUCAAAGUUGCCCUUCGUCUCUGAAGAGAUGACAUGAAGAGAUGACAGCCAGCAAGGCACAAGUGAAGGCCAAUGCUCGUGACAGGGCCCGUGGGUGGUGUCGUCUGUCUGCUUACUUACCCAGGUCCUCGCCAUACUGGAUGUUCGUGUCGAUGUGCUGCAUCAGCUCAUCUGCACACAAACAACGCACAGACAGAGGUGGGUCGCUUCCCCAGAACAGACAGAUUGAUUCAGACAACGGGCUUCUCUCCUUUGGCGUGUCGUCUUACCGAUAGAGUCCGGCUCCUGGAUGUUGAGAGUCAGGAAAGACACCAUGCUGUAGUCCUCCAGCUGCACACACACACACACACACACACAUAUCCACGUGGCCAAGGGGCAGCCUCGGCGGUGUCGUUUGUACUCACCAAUUCUCCCAUGGCCCGAUUGAGGUCAUGAUACCUCCCCAGCGGACCCUAAACAGAACGAACCACACGCACGCGUGGUGCCGCCCCCCUUACCCUUACUUACUGCAUGCCCCCCCUACCUACCUGCACUUGUGCGACGAGGUCCCUCGGUUCGCCCUGCAGAUAUCGGUCCACCUGCUCGCGAUCGCUCUCCUCCAGCAAAUCGCACUUGGUCAACACCUGCAUACACCACACACCGAAGGGCAGCAUUAUGGAUGGAUUGCCCUCCCUUGUGCGCGAGGGUGUUUGAUAUGGCCGGCUGCUUACAUUGACGUGCGGAAGCUCCAGCUGCACCAUCGCACUCAACGCCCUGCAUGGAGCAAAGGGGCAGAAAUUGAGCCGACUCUGCGCAUGGUGUCCCCUGUGCUGGUGUGUACAUGAGCGAUCCGGCGAUGAAUUUGGGUAUGUCGGUGAUGAAUGAGACGUCGAGGCAGCAGACCCCACAUAACCGAAAGUCCAGUGUCUGCAGCUUGUCCACCAGCUGACGCAUUAUCGGCAGAUGGUUGUACAACUCAAUCUGACACAUAUAUCAUAAAAAACACGGGUACACAAGUCCACCUUUACGCUGUUGAAAGCGAUGGCACAGGUUGGUUGCUCACCUGCCCAGGGCAGUCGAAGAGAAAGUACUCGUCAUCACCUGCACGCAAUGGCACACGAGAACACAUGACAAAGGCAGGCGUAGGCAGGCGUUUUCGUCAGCUCUCCGUACCGAAUUGGUCGAGCUCCGAUUGCAGCCAAUCGAAAUUGUCAAUCAGAUACCUGCAAAACAGACAGACAGACAGACAGACAGACAAACGCGGACACCACAUCUCAUGUAUACUCUUCACAGUCCCCCAGCUUCCUGUUCAUGCUCAGCUCACUCCAUGGCGAAGACGAGCCCCCCGUUGGGUCCCAGAUUCGACUCCUCCAUCACAUCCUCGAGAGUCACCAACUCACGCACGUCUACACAGACAUCAACACGCCCUGUCUGCCUGUCAUGCUGACCUGCUACUCUCACGCUCACCGAUGGCACAUGGGUAUUCGAACUCCUCGGCAGCUGGGUCGAGGUUCACACAGCGCAGCAGACGGCCGGAGCACUCGGCGUGCUUCGUAAGGGCCGCACAGUACGUGGACUGAAGGGCACACAAAGCACGCAAACAGAUCCGUCGACUUGUCCGUUUCGGUGUGCUUUGUUUGUGUACCUUUCCGCAUCCCGCUGGCCCAAUGACAACCUGCCCGAACCGCACCAUGGGAUUGCACCAAGCCAG